AUGGUAGCGACGAAGGUAUUUUGUUGGCACGGGGAACUCUUGAGGAGCCGAAUGGACGAGGGCUUUCACGGAAACAGGUGGCUGAGCGCGUCAAGGCCCUCUAUCUCAGCUCCAGCUGAGCUACGUCGGCGUCAUACAUGCCCAUCGGCCCGGGCCUUCUGUCCCCAUGCUCGAGAUCGUUCGCGCGUUAACUUAUCUUCUCGAUUAGGGGAAGCUGUCACCGUCGCUGAAAAGCUCGUUCCCGUGGUUGAAUAUGCGAACUUGACCACCACGCGGUAUGUCAAGUUUGCAAUUGAGCCUUACUUUCGGGCAAAGUCCUUGCCGACUUUGUCAAGUUUGCGAUCCAGGACUAUGUCUGCCUUCAAGUCCUCGCGGAUUUUGUUAAUCUUGCAACCAAGGACUUUGCCCGCCUUUGGGCGCAGUCCUCGCAAAUUUUGUCCAGUUCGUGAUCGAGGACUUGACCCACCUUCUGGUCAAGUCUUUACAGACUGUGCCAAGUUCGCGAUGGAGGACUGCACCCGGUUAACCAGUAUGAACCCGCCAGCUUCGGGCACAGUCCUCGUGGAUUUCGCCUCGCGAGCGGGAACUUCCCCCCCUUCGGGCACAGUCCUCGCGGAAUUCGUGAAGUCCGUGAGGACUUGGUCAAGCUCGCAAUGGAGGACUCUACCCGCCUUCGGGCAGAUUGCGGGCAAAGUCCGUGCGGAAUAUCAAGGUCACGAUGGAAGACUCUGGGCACAGUCUUCGCGGACUUUUUCAAGUUCGGGACCGAGGAGUUUCUUCGAUCGCAAACUUGGCAGAGUCCGCGAUGAUCUUUCCCGCCUUCGGGUCAAAGUCUUCCUUUGCGGAUUACUCGCGGGCGGUAAAGUCCUCGCUCGCGAACUUGGCAAAAUCGGCGAGGACUGUGCCCAGAUACGGUUGCUCCAUCGCAAACUUAAAACAGUCCGCAAGGAACUGACCCAAAGGCCGUCCGGUCGCGAACUUGACAGAGUCCGCGAGCACUUUGCCUGUGAUAGCGAACUUGGCAAAGUCUGCGAGGACUGUGCCGGAAGGCGGGUAGAGUCCUCCUUUGCGAACCUAAGAGCAUCUCCACCGGGGGGACUAAACCGCGGGACUAAACUACAUUUAGCUACCCAAACCUGA